AUGAGUGCAAUUGUUGUAAAUGUUAUGUUGUUCAUCGUUCCAUGGGUUGUUGAAGAUACACACAAAUUCGAGCUUGGAGAUUUCAUGGUUCAACUUCUCACUGCUUCUGCGGCCUGCUUCGCCUCGCCAAGCUCACAAUGCAUUCGAACCCUUGUCUUCGGAACCCUAGCAAGUACUCAAGGAGGUCAUCUGUUGAAUGGGUUGAAUGGGCGGAAGAUUCAUUCUCUUUCUGGCUUCCUUCGCACAAGGCCGAUCCCACCUCUGAAGGAAACAGAACUUUAUUCCCCCAAGUCAUCCAGUUUUUCCACCACUAGCCAAGAUACCCUUUUCCCAAUUCACCCACUCUACCGACUCGCAACUGGUUCUGACUGGUUCCUCCGCCGGUUACGUCGGUUCAUCUCUGAUGCUCAUAUCUCUGGUCAGUUCUUACGAGCUAGAGGUGCCACCGCUCUCGCUGAUUCGGAAAAACCCGAUUCUCCUCCAAGCAAUGUUGACAAACCGCCAACAGAAUCAUCCUUGAGCAAUCACUUGAGCCAUACGCUCACUCCCAUCUUGAUGUUCCCCACAUCUUAG